GAUCACAGAAGCGUCAGUCCGACAAAGACCGCAGUACCGUACACAUCGUGCACCGACCCACAUCUAUCUCUCUUCGGACACCGAGGACUCCCCUCUUUUGACUCCCUCCUGUUUCGCCGACAAACAAGCAAGAAAAAGCCAAAGAAAAACAAAAUAAGAAAACGACAGCAAAAAUAAUAUAAUAAUAUUAAUAAUAUAUCGACACAUCGCCGCACGGAUUUCUUUUAAAAAGAAGAAAAAAUAUAUAUAUAUAUAUAAAUAAAUAAAGUUUCAACGGAUGCCGUUUAUCGCGUUCGCAUAACCUACGAAUAUUCAUUGUCUCUCGCUGUACGCAUAUUAUAUAUAUCUAUAUACAUAAACUAUAUUACAUACACACAUAUAUAUAUAUAUAUAUACAUAUACGUGGUCGUUGUAGUUAUACGGUCAAAUCGAGUUUAAAAAAUUUAUUUAUGAAAAGAGGCGCCAAGGAGAAAGUUUACUGCUCGGCGAAGCAUCGGCAAAGAUCGUUGUCAGUCGACGGGCCCGAUUGUGUCAUCGUCCGCUCCUCCGUUUGAUCGCUUUGGGUCUUAUCUGCUGUGACUACGCGAACGUCAUCGUCAUUGUCGUCAUCGUCGUCAUCGUCGUCAUCGUCGUCGUCGCGAACCCACGUCGACGCUGCGAUCGCGCAGCAUCCACAUUGUCGCGUCAAGCUCUGCAGAUAUCCUGCCAGGAGGAUCCUCUCGUGACUACUGGUCGUUUCAGUCGAAACCACCCAAGAAAGUGAAGUCACCGUGGCUGAUAUCGUCAACGCCCAACGUUACCGAUCCCACCGUCGACCCCGGGGGCACAGGAGCGUCGUCGGCGACAAUCAGUGUGAAAGUACGACGAUCCCUCGUCUGCGACGUCGCUCACGUGAAAAUUCAGUGAGAUCGUAGGAAGGACGGAAGGAAGUGAGGAAAGAAAAAAAAAAGACAAGGAUAAAGACAGCGAGAAAGGCGAAAAGAAAGACGGGAAAGAAACACUCCAUUUUUAAUUCUUCUAAUUUCCUACGUCAUUUCCGGUUUGACUGUACUCAAGGAAACUAGCCCCUUUGCCUCUCCUCCCUUUCUCUUUCCCCACCACCCUAUAUAGCAUCGUCAUCCUCCCUCUUGUACCUUUAAUUUCUUAUCGGUUAUCAACCACCUCCCACCUCUUUUUGCCCCUCGUGGCUCUUCCUACAUCCAUCCUUCACUUCCUCUUCCCUAUUCUUCAACGACCUUCUUUCUACCUCAAUUCCCGGGCUACCAUUAUUCUUAAUCCGUGCCCUUUGACCUCUUUGAAAAUUUCUAACCUACCCCCCGUGUAACACCUUCCGCUCUCAUCGUCGUUGCUAAGACGUUCUCCCGGGCCCAGGGCCAACCGGCAGGCAUCAGUUCGCUUCCGUGAUAGCCGCGAGAGACCGUCGACCAUCAAGAUUGAGCCCGGGAUUGAGCGCGAGUGCCCGAGAAUCCCGUAUAAAUGUGUCGAUCACGGUACAAAAGGUGCGGGAAACAGUAAGCCGGUUUAUUUUUAGUGCGCGCACAUCGCGUCUCGGUUGGCUCCUCCUGAGAAAGGAGGAAAACGCGCGUGAGAGUCGUAAAGCCGGCGAAGAAAGAGAAACCAGGAGGCGACGGUGUGCCGAGAGGAGAAAACGGAGAGCAGGAAGUUGACGAAAGGCUGGAGAGAGAGAGAGAGAGAGAGAGAGAGAGAGAGAGAGAAAGGAAUACUAGAGACAAUUAAAGCCACCUGAACUAAUAAGACGGUUGAGGUAGAAGAAUAAGAAGGAAAAAAAAAAAGGAAAACGAAAAUUCGCGAAUGAAUUUUUUGCGUAAUUUAAAAUCUAGUUCCGAAUAAUUAAUCAUAACGUGUGACACGUUACGCCAUUGUUAACAAUAUAUAAAGUGGCCCCAAUGAAGUGGCUCAUGUGACAUAAAAUUCUUAAUCUUUACAACCUCAACCACGACAUCGGACACCUUCGCGGUGACACGCUAUUGGAGCUCCGCGACUGGUUGGAGGCCGAGGGAACAGUGCCAACGAGGGAAGCCGCAGGAGUGGAUAAUUUUGGGGGUCUUGGAGAAAAGAAGUUGGCACAAGCCAACGUAAGAGAUUGAGAGAAAAUGGCGACGAUAGACGGCCGGCCGGCCCAAUAUGGAAUCACCCUCAAGCAGCUUCGGGAGCUCAUGGAGCACCGAGGCCGCGAGGGUAUCAACAAAAUCAAUAGCCAUGGCGGUGCGCAGGAGAUCUGUAAAAAAUUGUAUACCUCGCCGAGUGAAGGUCUCAGUGGCUCAGCGGCUGACAUGCAGCACAGGCGAGACACAUUCGGUUCCAACAUGAUACCUCCGAAACCACCAAAAACCUUUCUACAAUUAGUAUGGGAAGCGCUGCAGGACGUUACGUUAAUUAUCUUGGAGAUAGCUGCCCUGGUCUCGCUAGGUCUGAGCUUCUAUCAGCCGGCGGACGAGGAAGAACCCGAAACCAGGAACGAUGCUUCUACCGUCUAUUACUCCAACGACGGUUCGCAGGCGAAAAAUACAUUGGUAGACGAGGACGAGUCGAAGUACGGGUGGAUAGAGGGUCUCGCCAUUUUGAUUUCCGUAAUCGUCGUGGUGCUCGUCACGGCGUUCAACGAUUACUCGAAGGAGAGGCAGUUCAGGGGUCUUCAGAGCCGGAUAGAAGGAGAGCACAAGUUCUGCGUUAUCCGGCAGGGAGAGGUCAAACAGAUAUCGGUGUCCGACAUUGUUGUCGGCGAUAUUUGUCAGAUCAAAUACGGUGACCUGCUGCCCGCUGACGGUAUCCUUAUACAAAGCAACGAUCUCAAAGUGGACGAGUCCAGCUUGACUGGAGAAUCGGAUCACGUUAAGAAAGGCGAAGCUUUCGAUCCGAUGGUGCUUUCCGGUACCCACGUGAUGGAGGGCUCCGGCAAAAUGUUGGUGACUGCCGUGGGCGUAAACUCUCAAGCCGGUAUCAUCUUCACCCUCCUUGGCGCAGCGGUGGAUCAGCAGGAGCAGGAGAUCAAGAAGAUGAAAAAAGAGGCUAAAAAGCAGCGGAAGAAGAAGUCGCUACCAGGUGAGGAGGCUGGCGAGAUAACCGGAAACAGUCACGCGGCCGGCGGAAAGCACGAAGGCGGCGAGAACCAUCACGCCCCACCGUCGGCGAGCUCCUCCGAGAACAAGAAGGAGAAGAGCGUCCUCCAGGCGAAACUAACGAAACUGGCCAUACAGAUCGGUUACGCGGGUUCGAUGAUCGCCGUGCUGACGGUCGUCAUUCUAGUCAUACAAUUCUGCGUGAAGACAUUCUACAUCGACGGGAAAGUGUGGAAGAACACCUACGCCGGCGCCCUGGUGCGACAUCUGAUCAUCGGUGUGACCGUCCUCGUGGUAGCUGUGCCCGAAGGUCUUCCACUUGCCGUAACUCUGUCGCUCGCUUAUUCCGUCAAGAAAAUGAUGAAAGACAACAAUCUUGUGCGUCACUUGGAUGCCUGCGAGACAAUGGGCAACGCCACUGCCAUCUGUUCGGACAAGACGGGAACUCUUACGACCAAUCGUAUGACAGUGGUACAGUCGUACAUAUGCGAGAAGAUGUGCAAGACGAUUCCGAGUUUCUCGGACAUACCGAAUCACGUUGGCAACCUGUUGAUACAGUCGAUCUCGAUAAACUCCUCGUACACGUCCAAAAUAAUACCCUCGCAAGACCCUACCGAACUGCCGAUGCAGGUCGGCAACAAAACCGAAUGUGCCUUACUUGGAUUUGUAGCGGCCCUGGGCAAGAGUUUUCAAACGAUAAGGGACGAUCAGCCCGAGGAGACGUUCACGCGUGUCUACACGUUCAACAGUGUUAGGAAGAGCAUGUCCACGGUGGUACCUAGGCAGGGCGGUGGCUAUAGACUCUUCACCAAGGGCGCUUCCGAAAUCAUCAUGAAGAAAUGUGCCUUUAUCUAUGGUCGCGAUGGACACCUGGAGAAAUUCACCAGGGAGAUGCAGGACCGUCUUGUUAAGAACGUGAUUGAACCGAUGGCGUGCGACGGGCUGCGUACCAUCUCGGUGGCCUAUCGGGACUUCGUUCCGGGCAAGGCUGAGAUCAACCAGGUCCACAUUGAAAACGAACCUAACUGGGACGACGAGGAGAACAUCGUGAACAAUUUGACCUGCCUGUGCAUUGUCGGUAUUGAGGAUCCAGUGCGUCCUGAGGUGCCCGACGCGAUAAGAAGAUGUCAGAAGGCCGGUAUCACGGUCAGAAUGGUGACCGGUGACAACAUCAACACAGCCAGGUCGAUCGCUCUGAAGUGCGGCAUCCUUAAGCCCAAUGAAGACUUCCUGAUUCUCGAGGGUAAAGAAUUCAACAGGCGGAUCAGAGACAGCAACGGUGAAGUUCAGCAGCAUCUCUUGGACAAAGUCUGGCCCAAGCUCAGGGUGCUGGCUAGGUCGUCGCCCACCGACAAGUAUACCCUUGUCAAGGGUAUCAUAGACAGCAAAGCCAGUGUGGCACGCGAGGUCGUUGCCGUAACUGGUGACGGUACCAACGACGGUCCCGCCCUGAAGAAGGCUGACGUUGGGUUCGCUAUGGGCAUUGCUGGUACCGACGUCGCCAAGGAAGCCUCCGACAUCAUCCUCACCGACGACAACUUCAGCUCGAUCGUCAAGGCCGUGAUGUGGGGUAGAAACGUUUACGACAGUAUAGCCAAGUUCUUGCAGUUCCAGCUUACGGUCAACGUCGUCGCCGUUAUAGUCGCGUUCAUCGGUGCCUGCGCCGUCCAGGAUUCGCCACUCAAGGCGGUGCAAAUGCUCUGGGUUAAUCUUAUCAUGGACACGUUAGCUUCUCUUGCACUCGCCACGGAAAUGCCGACGCCGGAUCUGCUUCUACGUAAACCCUACGGUCGCACGAAGCCCCUAAUCUCCAGGACGAUGAUGAAGAACAUCCUCGGUCAGGCUAUUUAUCAGUUGACCGUUAUUUUUGCUCUUCUGUUCGUCGGUGAUAAGAUGCUGGACAUUGAUACCGGAAGAGGCGUGGCGGAAGCCGGUGGCGGGCCCACUGAACACUUCACCAUCAUCUUCAACACGUUCGUCAUGAUGACACUGUUCAACGAAUUUAACGCCAGGAAAAUCCAUGGUCAACGCAAUGUCUUCCAGGGUAUCUUCACCAACCCCAUCUUCUACUCUAUUUGGAUUGGCACGUGUCUCUCGCAAGUGGUCAUCAUUCAGUACGGUAAGAUGGCGUUCAGCACAAAGGCGCUCACUCUAGAACAGUGGAUGUGGUGCCUGUUCUUCGGGAUCGGCACGCUUCUCUGGGGCCAAUUAGUCACGACCGUUCCGACACGCAAGCUUCCCAAGAUAUUUUCAUGGGGCCGCGGCCAGCCGGAUGAUAUCGGUGCAAUCAAUCUAGGAGACGAGAAAUUCGACCCAGACUCGGAUAAAAAGCCGCGCGCAGGACAAAUUCUAUGGAUCCGUGGUCUGACACGGCUACAGACUCAGCUUCGAGUAAUCAGAGCUUUCAAGUCGACUCUGGAAGAUUUGGAGGAGCGUCGCUCUGUCCAUAGUUUACACAGCUUACACAGUAUGCGCAGCUCACGCAGCCACACCGGUCCCAGACCCCUCUCGGACUUCACGUACAUCGACGAGGACCCAGCAAAUCCGUCGGGCGGCAACAGCGCGAGGAUUGCGCGCGCAGCUGCGAACGCGCGCGCCGAUAGCGCCACCGGCGGCGGCGAGAAGAACCAGACGAGUCCGGCGUCGCCAUUACUGCUAAACGUCCCCGGCUCGGCGUCGUACAACAAUCAUCAUCCUCAUCUCCAUCAUCAUUACAAUCAUCCAAGCCAGAAUACCAACAGAUUCACGUCCAAUAGCGCCCUCAAUCAGCAGCAGCAGUCAGCGGGCCCAAAUGACGCGGAGCAAAAGGGAAAUGCUCCUGACGGAAAUAACGUCGAAUCGAAAGCCGAUAAUGUCACUGAUCUGCCCAAACUGGUGCACGAGACGAGUAUCUAAAGGAAUUUCUUUAUUCACUUUCUUUCGAUUCUCUUCUUUUAUUUCCUGGAAUUCCCGCGAACGACGAUACGGUCCGAUUGUUAGUAGAUUUUUAUUUUCCUUUUUUUUUUUUUUUUAUUGACGUCACUCUUCGCUACUUCUCUGGUCCAAUUCUCGUCAUCUUGCCAUUACGUUUUGUUCUUUGAUUCCUUUCGUUUUGAAUUUUCAUUCCUGCUAUUCUGACGUAAAACGAAGAUGGCUGUUCGACGUAAGACUUUCCUCCCCUCCUCUCCUCCAUCUUCUAUUCACACACACACUGAUCUCGGGCCUGGACGCUUUCCAGUACUUAAUCGCGUUUAUAGCUAUUUAUUUUCUUUCAGUCAUAUUGUCGUCUCUAUUUUGUAUAAUAAUUAUAAUAAUGUUAAUUAUCCCCCAUACGAGAGUCUCUCGGGUAUGUAAAUUUGUGGGGGAUGGCGAUAAAUUGGCGUCCUCGCUCUUUAGUUUGUGUCGAAAAGUUCAUUCCCUUCAUCAUAGUUUCUCCGCUCACCCCUUUCUUCUUCUGCUAACGAAAUACUUUUGCUCGCGUACCUUUUUCCAUUGGUUUUUUAAACCUGAAACGUUUUUUUUUUUUUUAAGUCAAACAGCAAUCCAUUUCACUGCCGCAAAUGACCCUGCGCGCGCAACUGCCAAUUUUUCGGUUCACUUUAAAGACGCAGGGUCAUCUCGUGAUCGAUCCUUAUUUUUUUUUUUUUUUUGUCGAAAAUCCUUAUUAUUUUAGUCAAAAAUAUAUUCCAUACAGAAGUUAACAGAAAGCUCACGAUCGAUUAAAAAAAAAAUCCUUCGUCCUCCCUCGUAACCUCAAAAUUUCAUGACCUUUGGACAGAGUACGAAAACCAAUGUGGAACGAGAGUGAACAGUCGCGAAGAGAACAGCGGACCGUUGAAUGUUACAGAAAUUAAAAAAAAAAAAUUUGACCCACGCUACUCGGGAAGCUGGAACGUUGAAGAGGAUCGUAUAGGGAAGAUCGAAGAAAUUGAAAACCAAGAGAGCGAAGAGAACGAAAGGAAGGAUUCCUGAGAAAAUCAUGAGACGAAAGAUUUUAAAGUCGCAGGGACGAGGGAAGGAUUUCUGAGAAUAAGAAAAAGUAAAAUAGCUAAACGAGAGUAAAGCAACGUGUCGUAAUCGCUAUCAGUAAACUGGGGAUUCCGUAUAGAAAAAUGACGGAAUGCCAUUUGUCAUUUUUUUUUUGAUUUUUUUUUUGAGUAACUGUCAUUAUUAUAAACACGAGGCUUUCUGCGCCCGCUGCUGUGCUGCCUGGCUGAUCCAUUACGUCAUUUUACAUCCGUUUCUACUACUGCUACUUACUAUUACUACUACCGUCACUAUAUACUCACCAGGACUUUUAAACCCAUCCCGACUCACAAUCCUGGGACAAGCUUGUCUCAAUCUAAUAAUGUACUUACCCAUGACUGAUUAACAGAAGGUCAAGCUUCGACCUUUCAUCUUUCACCCUCGAGCUUCGCCCAGAAAACACCUGUUAUUCAUGUCCUCAAUUCCCUUGACCAUGAAGAUUGGAUUUAUAAAGAAUUUUCGAAAUUUCCUCAUACUUUACCGUUUAUUGCUACUGUUACUUUAUACGGGACUUAUAUCAUGUUACUGCGUACAUGUGUGAUUGGAAAAGAAAGAAAAAAAGAAAAAAGAAACAAAAGAUAUUCCAUUUGAAAAUCCCAAUCCAGUGAGUCUUGUCACACAAGGCCUCUUUUAUAUUAUAUAAUUUCUUUUUGUUCUUAGCUAUUAUUAUUUUUCUAAUGUAAAUCCUAAUUCCGCAUACCCUAUUCCUACCGUCAAGUCAUUGAGCCUUGAUUAAUUAAUUAAGCUAGAUCGAAUCGUGCGGGGUGCUCUGAUUAGCAGCACCCUUCCUCAGCCCAAACCGCCCUGUUAAACAAGAUUACUAGAAUAAGUAACGCGAGAGUUUUAUUAAGGUCAAUAUAAAUUGUUUCUAAACUUAUUAAUUUAAUUUAAACUUACUUGAUAAUUGAAACCUGUAACUUUUAAGCCGUGGACGCCCCUGAAACGCGAUUGUGAUGAUGAUGAUGAUGAUGAUGAUUAUUAUUAUAAUGUUCAUGCUCGUGGUGAUGAUGUUAACGUAGGAGCAAAUAUACGGGGAUGUGAUUGUUAACAUUUUUUUGGUGUUAGUCGUCGCGUCAUUAUGUUGCGUGUGUUGCGCGUCCCACCAUUAAUGACUCUUCUGUAUUAAUUUAACACUGUACAUCGUGUUUGAAUUUUUUUCGUUUUUUUUUUUCUCCCCUUCAUUACCAAUACGUAAUAUGCGUACCCACGUGUCGUUCACUUGUUGAUCGACAUGAAAUUCGCGAUUCACGUUACAUUAAUAUUCGUCGCGAAUUUGUUUAGUCGUUAUGCGAACUCAUCGCCGAAACAAAUAAAAGUUUAAUAUAAACGGGGGAAAGAAAAAAGAUUUGUAUAUAUAUAGAGAGAGAGAGAGAUUGAGAGAGAGAGAAAGGUAUAGGUUUAGACUAAUGCAAAAAGAAAAAGUUGUUUAAAUCCACCGCGCCUCGAUACACCUUCCUCUAUAUAUAUACAUAUAUAGAUGCAUACGAUACCUAUGCAAAACUUAUACACAAGGAUAAACAUGUGGGCAGCCUCGGGAUAUAAGUAUGUAUAAUUUGUACUUACGAGAUAACGUAAGAGAAAAAAGGCGACGCGUGACAGACAAGUGAAAAGUCGAAAAUAUAAAAAUAAUUUUCCAAAGUGACAAACUUCUCUACUCCGUGAUACUUCGUCUCUAUUUUCGGUGGAAAAAAAUAUUUUUUUUUUUUGUAUUUUCGAUUUUUCAUCUUCCACUUUCUAUCCCAAUGGGAUAUCGAUUAUUAACUCAAAGAGGAAGAGGAUAAGAGAAUACUAAAGACCUUCUGCUAUUACUGCCAAUUAUUCGUUGACUAUUUGCACUCAAGGACACGUUCGAAAGAAUAUACUAUAUAUAUACUAUAAAAAUGAAAAAUGAAUUCAAAAAAACGGCAAACAAAGGAUAUUCGAAAAAACAAAUUAAACGAAUAAGCGUCUUUAAGAAAUGAUUUACGCCAACGCGCAAUUCUAUCGAUCAAGCUACACACUGUUUCUAUAUAUACUUAUAUACAUUGCUAGGUGUAUACAUAUGUCGAUACGAACAUACAUUUGCAUACAGUAUAUAUAGGAUGUGAGAAAUGAAAAAUCACACGCAAGUUUAACACUUAACGUAUACCUAUGUAUAUCGCGAAGCGUUGUAAGACAAUUUACAAUGCUAAUUACUAAUCGAUGGAUUAAUUAUUGUAUCGAUAAUCGCGAUCGCGAAAUGGAGACAACGUUUUUUUUUUUAUUGUCCUUAAAAGCUCAGCAGAUUAUAUAAUUUUGAGGAGGAAUAAAAAGAAAUUGUAAAAAAUUUCAUUUGACAUCUCACGUACUCGAUUUGACGUACGUUGGUAACAGAUUUAUUGAUUAAUCAUGAACGAUUCGAUUAAUUGAGGAAAGAUUGGGCUUAAUUAUGUUUACGAGACGCAGCAGCAAUCGAUAACAGUUCAAACGGAGAUGGCAGACAGUGAAAAAAUGAAGGACGUACGGGAUGCGCGAUUUUGGAAUUAAUGGGAUUUCUGAAAAUUGCCUGCGCGCGGUUCCAACGAUGAGAGAAAGAAAAGCUCUAGUUUUUAUGAAUAAUUAUCGAGAAUUGUUAGCUUGUUAUUAAAUUAGAAAAUAUUUAAUUAAUUAUUUCGAUCUAAUGAUAUACAUAUUAGAUAAUAUAUAUAUAUAUACGAGUGACUAUAAAUACAUAUAUGUAAAUUAUAUACACAUUAACACGUGUGUAUGUAAAGUUACAUAUACGUGUCUAUGUCAGGAUUGAAAUAGAGGAGAAAGGGAAAAAACGAAAAAAAAAAUAAAAUAUUAGACAUGUUAUCGUGAUAUUACGUAAAUGAGAAAUCAUUGAUUCUGCGCGCCGAUGACGCGACGAUUGCGAAAAAUUGGGUUCUUUGUUUUUAAGUUUGCUCGACUCCCUGUUUUUUUUUUUUUUUUUUUUUUUUUUUUUUUUUUUUUUUUUUUUUGAUUAAUUAUCAAUGUAAGUCUCGUUCAGUCAGUUACAUAAAAAAAAAACUCAGGUUGUUGAAUUCGUCUCCGGUAAUUUCGAGCCUGGGCCUUUAAAUCGUGAAAUAUUUUUUCUCAGGGGUGCCGCCAGAGCACAUGGGUAAUGUAAACAAAAGCACGUGGGGCGCAACCACGUGUUCUGCCCAAUCGAUAUAGGUUAUAUGUUACUAUCUUGUUAUCAGUACUGGAUAUACUCCUUAUCAUCACCUUAGGUGUAACUCUACGAUGGCGACGCCAAUUUUGAAACACGCGGUGAGAGCGGAUCCGCGCGUCCAAAAUGAAUUGAUUGGCAAAUUUGUUGGUAUUUUCAAUGGGACAAAAAAAAAACGUAAAAAUCAUUGUUCUUUCUUUGUAAUACUAUUUUUCAAUCUCUCGUACAUGUACAUGUAUGUAUAUACGAUUAUGAUAUAUACAUGCCGAAACGAAACUUGGUCGUCGAAAUUUCCCGUGUCUCCCAUCACCCCUUUAUAUGCCUAAUACCUAUUUAAGCGACACCCUUUAGUUACUUACCUGUUCGACGUUUUCCCAAUCUUCAAUCUUCAAGCCACUCAAGCUCGUUAAAUCUGUUUAAACGUCUUAAGGAAGAACAUGUUAUAUAUAUAUAUACAUAUACAAUACUAUAUAUUAAACUAUAAAGCUUCUUUGGAGUCCGUUUAAAGAAUAAGCUCGGUCAAUAAAGCGAAGCACUGUAUAUUUCCUACAUAAAAAAAGGGGCUCGUCUUUCAACAUUACUCUUUGACAUCCGAACAAUGAAAUUUCUUCUCUCACGAAUACGACGCUGAUACAGUGACACUGUAUAUAAUUCCCAAAUUCGUAUUAUUACCAAAUUUCCAUUUUCUUCCUACAUUCUCUUUCUGGUGCUUUCUUUCUUUUCUCCUCUAUUACCUUUCAUCGCGCUUCCUAAUUAGGCUUGCCAUCGACUCACCCCUGGCAAUUCUAAUUAACGCGCCAAAUCUCCGCCAUUUUUUUUUGCGCAUUCACAAAUCUGCGUGUUUCAUCGAAAUCGCCAGUCGAUUCGCAAUUUUUUUUUCUCGCGAGAUCCACGAGUGUGUGCAUGCACGAGUCCUGGAAGAAUGUGAACGCGUGUGUGUAUACAUAUAUAUCUGUGCAUCAAAAUAUAUAAGCGGUCGUGUCCGGAUGCAAUACGAAAUUUUUUUGUGUAUUAAUCAAAAAAAAAAAAAAUUGUCAUCUAAUGACAGAAGACAACGAAAUACAUGAUACGACGUGCCGUGCGAAUUUCCGCAAUUUUUUUUUUUUUUAAUAUUUGUAAAUUUCGGGUUCGUUCACCUGCGCUCGUCCAUCGUUUCCGCAAUACUUGAUAAUGAUAAGUCGGUGACACGUGGUAACGAAUACGAACGAAAAACAAAAACGUGAAAAUGUGCGUCCAGUUUCGGAAAAAAAAAAACAGACAAGCGUACCCCCCUCCCCCGUACUACCAUUACACUCUUUGCGUGUCCGUUAAAUAAUUAUUACAAAUUUGUACCUCAGCAAGUAAUGAAUUUUGACAGUAGAUGUACCAACGAAACCUUUGUAUCACUCUCGCUCUUUAUCUUUCUCUUUAUCACUCUCUCUCUCUUUCACUCUCACUGACCUUUCUGACCUCUUCGAUCACUAAUGGCCCUCCUACCCCCCCUUUUUAUAAUUGUUAUUAGCAUAUACUGUCUGCACUGUCGAAAUCCGAACUCUAUAUUAUUGAUCUGACGUCACAAUAAAAUAUAUUAUAAAUA